AACCCUCGACCUGCCUGCCACUCCGCGAUGAACCUGACAGGUUAGCGGCAGUUGCAGCAGAGAGAACAAGAAGAGAGAGAGAGAAGAGAAAGAGAAGAGAGAAGUUAGGAGCAUAAAAGAGACAAGAGGAAGGAUAUUGCAAGAAGAGCUUUGGAGAAACUUGAAGCUGUAAGCUUGUGUUAAAGCUCAGAGGCGAGAGGGCCGGUUCGAGGACCGUUGACGACGGUGUUGAUCUUUGCUGUGAGAACAGAGUCUGUGAACAAAGAGUCAGUGAGCAGAUCAGAGGCUGUUGAGGCAAAGUGCAGCUAUCAGUUAUCAGUUGUCAGGACAUCAUCGGCGCAGUUCAAAAAGACACACAUCAGAUGCGGUAGUGGACCCUUGAUCCUCACUUAUCUACAACAACACCUUCACCCCAUCAACACAUCGCAUACAAACCACAAUCACAGAAACCAUGCCGCCACCACCGACACCGACAUCGUCGACAUCAUCGCCUUCGUCCGCGUCGAGACCAAGACUGAAGCUGCUUGAGAAGCGCAGGCAGGAGUUUGGGCGGCAUUUGAUUAGAUCGCUUGAUAUACUGAGUUACUGUCAUUUGCUGUAUAUCUACUUUAUGGAUAUCUCGUUGCUGAGGUUACUUCUACGGAGCGUCAUCCAGCUCAACUACCUCACGCCAAAACCCUUCCCAAUGCCCCGCACCGCCCGCACAAGACUAAUCCACGUCGUCAUCCUCGCUUCAAACACAUACUGCCUCCUCGUGCACAUCUUCGCCAACCUCCCCGUCAGCCGCGAAGCAAACGCCGGCUACCUCCACGGCGGCCUCUCCAUCCAAUUCAUCGGCCAAAAGGCACCCGCCUCCCGCACUCAGCUGCUCGCAGCAGAUAUCGUCGUCCUCGUCCUCCAGCUCGUGAUAUUAACCAUCGCAGCCCGCGAGGAAGAAACGUCGAAUCCGCCUGCGCUGACGAUGCCGGCGUCGUUCUCGGCCGCGGCGGCGAUGGCGGCACGUACGGCCGCGCGCGCGUCGCUGGCCGAACAGCAACGGAGGCAGCAGCCGCCUAGCGCGCUGGGACCGUCGACGUCGCCGCCACCUGUGAUUGAGACGCCGCCGCCGGUGGAAGAGCGGCCGCGGCAAACGAUCGAGGAUGAGGAGAACGGGCGGAGCGCCGCGGCGGCGGCGGCGGCGGGUGCGACGACAGAGGAGGAUGGGAUGAGUUUAUUGCAGGCGCCGGAUGAGCAGGAUGGGUUUACGGGGGAGGUUAUUGCUGCGGAGUUGCAUUUGUCUGAGAUUAUAGGACGGCUGCGGAGUAGUGGUAGUGCUGCUAGUAGCAGCAGUGGUAGUGCUGGGGCAGGGAGCGAGGGGCAGACGGGGAGUGGGAGUAGUAGGUAUGCUGCACGAAGGCGGGUUGGCGCGAGUGUACCUGUUUAGGAACUGUUUGUUUUAUUGUUUGAAUGGAAUGCU